UAACCUCAAAAAUCGGAAAAAUCAUAAAAACAAUAAAACGAUGAGCAUUCAGUAUUCUUUUUUUUAAUGAUUAUAAUAAAAUAACCGAGUUAAAAUGGAAGAUACUUCAGUACGUGUAUGCGAUCUUAUGUCAUAUCAUAAAGAACUGGAGCAAGAAGAAUUAUUUUUGACUGCAUUGGUGUCCAAAAUCGAUAAACAAAUACAUGCUCUCCAGGUAGAACAGCUUCAUUUAUUAAAUACCGUUAAGAAUCCACCUGGCUCAAGUUCAGAAAAUUAUGAAAAUACAGAAACAGAAGCGAAUGAGCCAUCUGAAAAGGAAAAUAAUCUUCCAGUGGAAAACGAUGAACUGGAUCUGAGACCCAUUAAGAAAUUUGACGUUUCUGAAUUCGAAGAAGAAGAUGAAGAUAACGAGGAAGAAAAUAUGCCAGAUAACAGUGCGGACUUCGAUUAUUUAUAAAAAGUUUAUAAAAGGAAUAACGAAAUUAAGACUGACUUGUAAGAAUUAAAACAAUAUACUAUUUUUUAUAAAAUAAUUUAGUUUAUCUGCAAAUAGACUAACUGAACAAAAAUUUAUUUAAAACAGGAAGCGUAUAGUUUAAUAAAAUGAGUUAAAUUA